AUGAAGCUGGCCACAGUUGUUCUCGGUCUGCUCUUCAGCAGCUACGUGGCGUCGGCCACCAUGUCGGCAAGCACUCUGUUUGGCUGGCUACCCAGCCUGUUUCCCUUGACCAAUGUCUUUCCCUUAAACCUGCUGCCGUUCCCCCUGGCGCUGCCCCUGGCCAUGGUGGGACCUCUGCCGUGGGUGCUGCCACUAGCUGUCGGUAUUAAGGGCGCCACGCUGCUGGGAUUGGGCUUCGCCACCGGAGGUGUCGCCGGUGUAGGCCUCGCUGGACUCGGUGCUAUUGGUCUCAAGACUGCCAUAGCCAACUCUGCUGCUCUGAAGGUUUCCGCUUUGGGCCUCAUGGCUGCCAAAGCUAAGGUAACCUCCGUCGCUGCCCAAACCGUUGCCCAAGCGGGAGUGAAGGCUAUUGUUGCCAUUACCAACGUGAAGGUUUUCAAGUCGGCCCCACCGCGCAUCGCACCCCGUCCCCUGCCCGUUGAACAAUGGAAGCUCUCCCUGCCCAAGGGAUGGGACAGCUCUCUCUCGUACGGGCACCCUCUGUACGGGUACGGAUUCACCAGGAGCGCCGUCGAACUGCGCAAGCGCAGGGAAGCAGACUCUUCCAAACGCUGCCUUCGACUCCAAUGGAAACAUGACACCACUUAUGCUGAAGCAGAUAUUCGCAUACGUGAGCGGACACGACUCCGAAAGGUGCGUGCUGCGAGUCGUCUGCGAGGUGGCAGCCGAGCCCAACCUGGCUGGACCGCAAGGAAAGACCGUGGCCGAGUUAUGACGGCUUUGUCUCAGGAAGACGCCAGCGCCCCAUGGAUGCCAUACCGCGACGCUGCCAUCGCUGGGCAGCAGUCUGCCAACCGCAGCCAGUGCCUUGAGCGCUACCCGUCCUGCACGAAGUCAACAGAGUCUCUCGUCGAGAUGGCCCGCUCCCGGAUUUCUCAGGCCUCCGAAAUCGCCGCCCCGGCCGCUUAAGUCAUCUCACGGUCCGGCGACAUGCACCCGGUGCACGAGCGAAGAUCGUCCAGGUCUGCAGUCGUGACCAGUGCACCAUUCUAAUUCCU